AUGGUCUCCCCCAUCCUCGCUCGCUCCGCCUUCCGCGCCGCCACCAAGGCCACUUCCCGCGCUGCCGUCCAAGGCACCCGCCAGUUCUCCGUCAUCCAGUCCAUGCGCCAGUGGGCUCGCAAGAUGGAGUUGCACACCCCCUACGAGCGCAUCCCCACCCAGACGGGCGCUGCUGGUGCCGACUGGGGUGCUAGCUUUAAGAGAGUCGCUGGUCAGGCUGCUGUCUUCCCCAUCGUCGCCGGCUCCAUUCUUGGCUGGCCUUUGCUUGCCAAGACUUUGCUUGAUGGUCACAUCUAA